AUGAGUGCUGCAGCUGCUGUUGACAGAGGAGUUCGUCUUGACAAUGGUGAGAGGGACUAUAACCACGUUUCCGACUCCGAGUACAAGAAACUGAGAGAUUUGGCUGACCAGGCCUACAAGAAGAGACAACAGCUGAGUGCCCAGUCUCAGAAGGCAUAUAAACAAGGUGAUGGUGCACGUGCAAAGGAACUGAGUGAACAGGCAAAGAAACAGAUGGCUAUUGGUGACGAUUACAACUUUAAGGCUGCAGAGUAUGUCUUUAGAGAGAACAAUGCUGAUUCUGAUUCCAAUGAGAUUGACCUACACGGCUUAUACGUCAAAGAAGCUAUAUAUAUCUUGAAGAGACGUAUCGCGGCUGGUGUAAACCGUGGCGAGUCCAAACUUGAGGUUAUUGUUGGUAAGGGUAUUCACUCUGAAAAUGGUGUUGCCAAACUGAAACCAGCAGUGGAGGAGUUGUGUAACGAAGCAGGGCUGAGAUCGUACAUUGACAAGAAGAACACUGGUGUUUUGAUUGUAGAACUCCAAGGUGCUAGAAUCCCACAAUCGUGGAACGUUCAACCUCUAGCUUCCAGCUUCAACAAACCUCAAGAGGUUUACCACGGACAGGCCCAACAGGGUUAUCAGCAACAGCAACAACCACAGUACCAACAACAACCUCAUUACCAACAGCAGCAACAACAGCAACAAGGUGGAAACAACGACCUUGUUGGCUUACUGGUCAAAGUUUUCUGUAUGUGUUUCAAGACUUUCACAAAAUGA